CUCUGCCUACUUUUCCCCCUCUAUCUCUCUCACUCUCCCUUUGAAACCUCACCAUGCUCAACUGUGUUGCUUUAUGAUGGCCGAAUCAACCUCCUUUGAACCUUCGCCCCUUGGCGGGAACGGUGAUGCCGAAUACCAUCAGCCGCGCCCGCGCAAACCCACGAGAAUCGAUCUCCUGAAACCUCAACUCAGCGAGGAAACUAUCGUGAACCGCCUCAAGGAAACAUCAUCGGGCCUAUCUAGUGGCCGCACCACCCCCAUACCAGAAAAUGCGCCCCCUUCCGUCAAGGCCUCGUCGUCUGCGCGACGCCAGAUUCGAGCCCAGCAGCGCCAGCGCAUAUUCCCCACCAUCGAAUAUGUCGACCGAGUGUCCCACUUCGAUCCCUCGAGCGACUACAGAGAUUUCCGCGGCUUCUUCGUGUUGUUCUGGAUCGGUCUCGCCAUCAUGGUCAUCACUACCAUGCUGCGCAACUUGAAGGAAAAUGGAUAUCCGCUGUUCAUUCGGCAAUGGGAACUCUUCACCGAGAAGGUCUGGGAGUUGGCCAUCUGCGACGGGGCCAUGGUCGCUUCGACCGCUGUGUCGCUUGGGUUGCACAAGGCCAUCAACCAAAAGUACUUCCGCUGGAGCGGGGUAGGCAUGGCUAUACAGAGUUUAUAUCAGGCUCUAUGGCUGCUGUUCUGGGUCACAUACCCCUUCAUACGCGAUUGGAGCUGGACUGCCCAGGUCUUCUUUACACUGCAUCUUCUGGCCAUUUUCAUGAAGAUGCACUCUUAUGCCUUCUACAACGGACAUUUGAGCGAGACGCUGCGACGCUUGAACGAUCUGGAUAACCCCAACAACGCAUCCAAAGAAGAAGCGUACCGGUAUCCCCACGCGCGAACUCAUCUACAUGAAAUCCCACAGUCUCCAUCUCACGAAAAGACUGAGGACUCGGAGAAAGUCAAACUGGCGCAGCUCCGAGAUGAUUUGGCAUACGAGCUGGCCUCCCCUCUGGGACGGGUCUCAUACCCCGAGAACCUCACUGUCUACAACUACGUGGACUAUGUCUUCUGCCCGACACUCUGUUACGAACUCGAGUACCCACGGACGGCGUCGGUGCGUUACAUGGAGGUGCUGUACAAGACGUUGGCCGUGUUCGGCUGCAUUUUCCUUUUGACCGUCUCCACUGAAGAAUUCAUCCUGCCCGUGCUGGAUGAGUCCGCCAUCAGACUCAACCAAACCAACAGCAUCUUGGACUUUAUUCUCAUUCUUAGCGAGACAAUCGGGCAACUCUUGUUCCCCUUUAUGCUCGCAUUCCUUCUCGUCUUCCUCGUCAUCUUCGAAUACAUCCUCGGAGCUUUCGCCGAAAUCACACGCUUCGCAGACCGACAAUUCUACGCGGACUGGUGGAACAGCUGCGACUGGCUCGAGUUUUCGCGCGAGUGGAACAAACCCGUGCAUCACUUUUUCCGACGGCAUGUGUACUCUGCGUCGCGGGGCCACAUGUCACGGCCGCUGGCAACGACGAUUACCUUCUUCAUCAGCGCUUUGGCGCACGAGCUCGUCAUGGGCUGCAUCACGCGCAAGUUCCGCGGCUAUGGCUUCAUCGCUAUGAUGCUGCAAAUGCCCAUCGUCAUGGUCCAGCGCUCCAAGUGGGUCCGCGGUCGCACGCUUCUGAAUAAUGUGCUGUUUUGGUGCUCUAUGAUUCUGGGGCUUGCCAUGGUAGGUUGGAAGAUGUUUCUUGGUAAUUGUGUGAGAUUGUUGCUGACUUUUGUGUGUAGAUGUGUGCGCUAUAUGUGCUUGUGUGAGGCAACACUUGAUGUCUUGCCGCGUACAUAUUUUGGAAAGGAAGAUGACACCAGUCCAUGCGACUACUCGAUACGAUGUGAAGGAAGAAAUUUACCAAUGGUGGACGAUACCCCCCUCCUCUGA